AUGUGCAGCUUUAGAAGGUCCUUGGGUUGGGAUGUGGUUCUUCUCGCCGAGGUGAGCCUUUGUUUGGAUGGCCUCCUACUGGGCACCUCCGCGGAGCCGGCUGUCGCGCUGAGCGCCUUCUUGGCGCUUUGUCGCGGCUGCGAGGUCUUCACCUUCGCUGCCGAGGCCACCGAGGAGGAGACCCUGGAGCUCCUGAGCUCCGCCGGCGCCUUCGACGCGGGGCUCCAGCGACAUCGAGUGAUGUUUUCCUCGACCCUGGCUGGGCGUGGCUCGAUGGUGAGGCAGCUUCAGCCGCUGCUGCAUCUGGAGACCUCUCAGGAGGUGGUCGAGACGUUACAGGGCAAAGUGCCCGAGGUGCGCUUAGUGACGCCCCGCGAGUUGCCAAGCCCUGAGGAGGUCAGAGCCCUGAGCAAGCCCAAAGCGUAG